AUGACAACCUACACCCUCCCAAUAGAAAUCUUCGGACCAGGCACAGCCCCAAACCACCGCAGCCACUGGAGCUGCAUGAUAAGCCAAACAAACAACACAGACUACGGUGAUUUCGUCCAAGUAGAAGUAAUCGACGACAGAAAGCUCUGGUUCUCGUACACCCCGCGCUACGGCACGAAGAUCGUCGACAGACAAGCAGUGGGGAUGUGCAAGAUCGUUGAUCUAAAUCCUCAGGAGCGUAGACGUGCCAUUGAGGUGGUUGAGGGUGUGGCGCCGCCUAUUGAUGGCGUCAAGAGGUGUCAGGAUUGGCGUUUCGAUGCGCUUAUUUGGCUUAAGAGUGAGGAUUUGGUUAAUGACGGUACUUGUGCGUUCUGGGAGGGGUUAAUUGGGAAACCAGCUGGUGAGGUUACCAGGGUUUGUGGGGAUUUGUGGGUUAGUCUGGUUUGA